AUUGCCAAAAAUGGAUUAAUACUUGAUUCCAUAGCAAACGUGAUCCUUCCUUGAGAGUUGCAGUGUUUGAACUUGAUGAUCAGCACUGGCAGCUUCCUCAUGCGAGAGCUGGGGGAGGGUGCGGAAGGUCAACACCCUGGGAUUGGCAGAUUUACACAAACACACCGUGCUAGAAAACUGCGAAACGGAAGCCCACGAGUGUGCAGAGUCAGUCUCUCUCUCUCUGUCUCUGUCCCUGUCUUUCUCUCUCUCCUUCUCCUUCUCGCGGGGUCCUUGGCCUAGAGUUAGCAUGAGUGUGAAGAAAGUGGGUUAGUGUCAGGAUCAGUCCUUGGGCUGUCAUUGAAACCCCAUGUACUUGGUAUAGAUACUAUGCCGUGGAGGGAGCAAGCUGGCACAGACUCUUGAGGUGGGGGGCAUCUAUGAGGGAGCUGUGCUUUGUACUGUUUUUUCUCUGUACUGUUCUCCUCCGCCGGGGAAGAGGAGGAGGGAAGAGGUUGCAUGCAUCCUUGAGUGAGUAAGUGCGUACCCUUGCAAUCCCAAAUCAUGAUCUCUCCCCCCACUCCUUCCAACCCCUAAUUCGCUCUGCUUGCUGUAGCAACUCUGCAACAGCAACCCAGCAGCAGCCAUGCCUUGCGUCGACGCUUGUAUUGGUGAGGAGGGGCGCUGACCCCUCGCAACCUCCGCGCGAACCGGCUACUGCCGGUGACCAGUUGCAUCCGCAAGUGUGAAUGAGACCACGUGCAGAACAGAGCCCACCAUCGAUGUUGUGAGUCAGCAUCCAGCUCCCUCUUAUGACAAGGAAAAUGGUCCACGUGGACAAUGGAGAGAGGGAGGGAUUCGUAGAAGCGUUGAGCUCCACUCUGUUUUGCUUGAGGAGGAAGGAGAAGGAGUCAGUUCAAAGGAGGAGGGAGCUCUUGAAUCCGAUCCCAGCCAGAAUGCGAGGGUGUAAAAUUAAGCCCGCGUUUAGAACUAAUCUGUAACAAACCAUUCAUCCAGCUCUCCAGAGGAGUCUGAUUAUUCUUAAGGAAGGUAAUUCGUCCAACACGGCGCAUCCUGCAGCUAUGGAGCCGGCAGGUUCGGUUCCUGGAUCACCGUCCAGGUUACUUUCGCCAUCUCCCACAUCAGAUGCCUUUCCGUUUCUGGGAGAAGCCGUGAUUCCAUUGGUUAACAAGCUCCAAGACAUAUUCUCUCAGCUGGGUAGUGCUUCCACUAUCGAUCUACCCCAAGUAGCAGUAGUUGGGAGUCAAAGCAGUGGAAAAUCCAGUGUAUUGGAGGCUCUAGUAGGACGUGAUUUUUUGCCAAGAGGUUCAGAUGUAUGCACUCGACGGCCUCUUGUCCUACAGCUGGUGCAGACCUCACGAAGGCCUGAGGAUCGGGCGGAAUUGGUAGAAUGGGGCGAAUUUCUACAUAUCCCUGGCCGGCGUUUUACGGAUUUCGAAGCAAUCCGUAAAGAGAUUCAGGCUGAAACUGACAGGGAGCUUGGAACGAACAAGGGGAUUUCUGAAAAGCAGAUUCGACUGAAAAUUUUUUCACCUAAUGUUUUGAACAUUACGCUUGUGGAUCUUCCUGGAAUUACCAAAGUACCUGUCGGUGAUCAACCCAAUGACAUUGAGGCCCGUGUUCGGACUAUGAUUCUAUCCUAUAUUAAGCAUGACACCUGCAUCAUCCUGGCUGUCUCUCCAGCAAAUGCGGAUCUGGCAAAUUCAGACGCUCUUCAAAUGGCGCGCAUCGCUGAUCCUGAUGGAUCUCGAACCAUUGGGGUUAUUACCAAAUUGGAUAUUAUGGAUAGAGGAACAGAUGCGCGGAAUUUUCUUCUAGGAAAUGUCAUUCCAUUACGACUUGGCUAUAUUGGGGUUGUAAACAGGAGCCAAGAGGAUGUUAUCGCAAACAAGAGCAUUCGAGAUGCUCUUGUCUUUGAAGAGAGCUUUUUCAGAAGUAAGCCUGUAUAUCAUAGUUUGGCUGACAGAUGUGGCAUUCCUCAGCUGGCGAUUAGGUUGAAUACGAUUUUAGUGCAGCACAUUAGAGCAAUACUUCCUGAUUUGAAAGCGCGCAUCAGCACUCAGAUGAUCAAUAUUCAAAAAGAGCUUGCUAGUUAUGGGGAGCUCACAGAAUCCAAGUCAGGGCAAGGGGCAUUGCUGCUGAACAUUCUCACAAAGUAUUCUCACGGCUUUCAAUCUGUUGUUGAUGGAAAGAAUGAAGAGAUGUCAACCACAGAGCUUUCUGGAGGAGCGCGCAUCCAUUAUGUUUUUCAAGCUAUUUUUGUGAGAAGUUUGGAGGAGGUAGAUCCAUGCGAUGGUUUGCACGAUAGUGAUAUACGAACAGCUAUACAAAAUGCAUCUGGGCCCAAAAACGUACUUUUCGUACCUGAGGUACCAUUUGAGGUGCUAGUGCGCCGACAGAUCGCUCGGUUACUGGAGCCUAGUUUACAGUGUGCUCGCUUCAUUUACGAUGAGCUUGUGAAGAUUUCACACAGGUGUGAAUCACAUGAGUUGCAACGGUUUCCACAUUUGCGAAAGCGCAUCGAGGAAGUGGUAGGAAGUUUUCUUCGUGAAGGUUUAUCCCCUGCAGAAACCAUGAUUGGUCAUCUGAUUGAAAUGGAGAUGGAUUACAUCAACACGUCGCAUCCUGGCUUUAUAGGUGGCAGCAAGGCCGUGGAGAUGGCUUUGAAUCAGCAACGGAGUGCUAAGGCAUUGGUUCUUAAGGAUUUGCAUGAUUUGGAGCGGCCUCCGUCCUUGCCAGAGAAGCAAGCCAAGGCACGUGCAAUCUUGGCUCGAACUAAUGCCGCAUCACUUGCUUCCAAUGAACAGGCUACACCAAGGCCUUCAACUGUGCCUCAAGAGAAGGCUACUACUCCCAGUAGUUCUACAUCUGGAAGUGCCUGGGGAAUAUCCUCCAUAUUUUCUAGCAGUGAAGCUCGUCAACCUGCGAAUGGCAGCAGUAAGGAGCACGCACCUGUUCGAAUCUAUUCUGAACUUGCACAAGGUUCAUUAGAACCUUCCUUUUCAGGCAUUCAGCUGCGUGAGCCACCAGCUACUCUUAGAGCGAGUGAUGCUCAAGGCGAGCAGGAGAGCGUGGAAAUUGCUGUCACUCGGCUGUUACUAAAGUCCUACUAUGAUAUUGUGCGGAAGAACAUUCAAGAUUUGGUGCCGAAAGCUAUCAUGCAUUUCUUGGUUAAUCACGUGAAAAGGGAACUGCAUAGUGUAUUUAUUCGAAAGUUGUACAGGGAGAAUCUGUUUGAAGAGGUGCUCCAAGAAAAGGAAGAGAUUGCAGUCAAGAGGAAGCGUUGUAAAGAAAUUUUACGAGUGUUACAGCAGGGUGCCUGGGAAUUGGACACCAAUUUUUAUUGACUCUUGGAGUCAAUACAACAAUUUUUCUUUAGGCUAAUUUUUUAAAGUAUUAAACGUAGCUUAGAAUUUGAUAUAUCAGAUUUUCUUUAACAAUUGUGUCUGAAUGACAUUAUCCAGAUCCAACUUAUUUGUAUCCUAUUUUAAAGUUCUGAUUGGGGUCUUCACCAAUCAGAAUGCUUUGUCAAAACCCAUGGCCACUAAAUUUUGAUUAGAACAUAUGAGAGCUUUUUAAAGCCUCAUGGUUUCAUUUUCAUGCA